AUGACCUCAUCUAAUGCCGACACCACCUCUACGCCCACCAAGGCGAUGAUACACACGGCAGGAUGCAUAGUUAUAGGCGACGAGGUCUUGGGUGGCAAGACCGUCGACACUAAUUCCGCAUAUUUUGCCCGCUUCUGCUUUUCCCUGGGGAUGCAAUUGAAGAGAGUCGAAGUCAUUGCCGACGAUGAAGAUGAGAUAAUAGAAGCUGCCAGGCGCAUGUCCCAGAAUUAUGAUUUCGUGGUAACCAGCGGCGGCAUCGGGCCAACACACGAUGAUAUAACAUAUCAGUCAAUAGCCAAAGCAUUUGGGCUUGAGCUGAAAUUACACGAGCCGACCAUGACCAAAAUGAGGAAAUACUCUAGACCCCACAGAUCGCAACCAGACUUCGACUGGGAUAAACCUUCACCGGCCUUGUCAGCAAAAAUGCGCAUGGCCCAACUCCCAACAAACCCCAAUAUUCCCGAUGAGGAGCAGGUCUUGUUUGUCAAGGAGGACCUCUGGGUCCCAAUUUCGGUGGUCAACGGUAACAUCCAUAUCCUGCCUGGAGUGCCGAGGAUAUUCGAGACACUGUUGGAGGGGAUGAAGCCUCGCAUUCUUCCUCGUCUGAAAGAUCCAGAAGGGAAAGGAAUGUAUCGGAUGCUCUUUAGCACUCCACUAGCAGAGAGUCAGGUGGCAGGUUUUCUUACUCAGUUGGCUGCCAAAGUUGAGCCCAAGGGAAUCAAGGUGGGAAGUUAUCCUCGAUGGGGCAAGAAUAAGAAUGUGGUGACGCUGGUGGGCAGCGAUCGAGAAUACAUGGACACACUAGAGGCCGAGGUGGCUGAGGGCGUCAAAGGCAUGAGGGUCAGAGCAGAAGGAGAAGACGAUACCGAUGAUGAGACGGAUGUGAAAAAGGACAAGGAUGCAUGA